GUCCACCACUCCGUGGUUCGAUCCCUCGAUCUCUCAAGAAGAGGGGAAUCCCUGGCGAGGAUUUGAGUUAGUGAAGUAAGAUGGGGAAGAGGAAGUCGAGAGCAAAGCCGCCUCCUAAGAAGCGAAUGGACAAGCUCGAUACUGUCUUCUGCUGCCCAUUCUGCAAUCACGGCAGUAGCGUCGAGUGUCACAUUGACAUGAAGAACUUGAUCGGUGAAGCCUCAUGCAGGAUUUGUCUGGAAAGCUUCAGCACUACUGUCACUGCACUGACCGAGCCUAUCGACAUAUACAGCGAAUGGAUUGACGAAUGCGAAAGGGUCAACAAUCCGGAAGACGAUGGUGCUUGAUCAUCGUGGCUUGUGGAUGUAUAUAUGAUGAUAUAUACGCUGGUGUGUUGUACAAUAUGUCAUCUCCCUGGGUUGUGUGCCUGAUGAUAUCUGGGGGGGACUUGCCUACGGAUUAUAUAUAUAUAUAUAUAUAUAUAUAU